GGCGUGGAGGCGUGGUCGGCGCGCGGGCACGCGCGCGGCCGAGGGAGGGAGCCGGGAGGCCGCGGAGUAGUAAGCGCCGCCAUAUUAGGGACCGCGGAGCCCCGGAUCCCGCCUGCUGCGGCGGAGGCCGGACCAGACGGAGGUGCGGGGGCCGAAGGAGAUUGCGGCGCGGCUCCGGGACAGGCGGGGCCGGCGGGAGUCAGCAGGCGACGGGACCGAGCCAGGUUGAGCUCGGCUGGUGGGCCCCGCCCCGCCCCGCCCUGCCCCACCCCGCCCCGCCAUGGACCAGGACUACGAGCGCCGGCUGCUGCGGCAAAUUGUCAUCCAGAAUGAGAACACCAUGCCGUGCGUUGCGGAGAUGCGGCGGACCCUGACGCCAGCCAACUCCCCGGUGUCCUCGCCCAGCAAGCACGGCGACCGCUUCAUCCCCUCGCGGGCCGGCGCCAACUGGAGUGUGAACUUCCACCGCAUCAAUGAGAACGAGAAGUCACCCAGCCAGAACCGCAAAGCCAAGGAUGCCACCUCGGACAAUGGCAAAGACGGCCUGGCCUACUCAGCGCUGCUGAAGAACGAGCUGCUGGGCGCCGGCAUCGAGAAGGUGCAGGACCCGCAGACGGAGGACCGGAGGCUGCAGCCCUCCACGCCCGAGAAGAAGGGCCUCUUCACGUACUCCCUCAGCACCAAGCGUGCCAGCCCUGACGACGGCAAUGACGUGUCCCCAUACUCCUUGUCCCCUGUCAGCAACAAGAGCCAGAAGCUGCUGCGGUCCCCGAGGAAGCCCACACGAAAGAUCUCCAAGAUCCCCUUCAAGGUCCUGGACGCGCCCGAGCUGCAGGACGACUUCUACCUCAACCUGGUGGACUGGUCGUCCCUCAACGUGCUCAGCGUGGGGCUGGGGACCUGCGUGUACCUGUGGAGCGCGUGCACCAGCCAGGUGACCCGGCUCUGUGACCUCUCUGUGGAGGGAGACUCGGUGACCUCUGUGGGCUGGUCUGAGCGGGGCAACCUGGUUGCAGUGGGCACACACAAGGGCUUUGUGCAGAUCUGGGACGCGGCAGCGGGGAAGAAGCUGUCGGUGCUGGAGGGCCACACGGCCCGCGUCGGGGCGCUGGCCUGGAAUGCCGACCAGCUCUCGUCUGGCAGCCGCGACCGCAUGAUCCUGCAGAGGGACAUCCGCACGCCACCCCUGCAGGCAGAGCGGCGGCUGCAGGGCCACCGGCAGGAGGUGUGCGGGCUCAAGUGGUCCACGGACCACCAGCUCCUCGCCUCGGGGGGCAACGACAACAAGCUGCUGGUGUGGAACCACUCAAGCCUCAGCCCCGUGCAGCAGUACACGGAGCACCUGGCAGCCGUCAAGGCCAUCGCCUGGUCCCCACACCAGCACGGGCUGCUGGCGUCGGGCGGCGGCACAGCCGACCGCUGCAUCCGCUUCUGGAACACACUCACGGGGCAGCCGCUGCAGUGCAUCGACACGGGCUCACAAGUGUGCAAUCUGGCGUGGUCCAAGCACGCCAACGAGCUGGUGAGCACCCACGGCUACUCGCAGAACCAGAUCCUCGUGUGGAAGUACCCCUCCCUCACGCAGGUGGCCAAGCUCACCGGCCACUCCUACCGCGUCCUCUACCUGGCAAUGUCCCCUGACGGGGAGGCCAUUGUCACCGGUGCCGGAGACGAAACCCUGAGGUUCUGGAAUGUCUUUAGCAAAACCCGCUCGACAAAGGUAAAGUGGGAGUCCGUGUCGGUGCUCAACCUCUUCACCCGGAUCCGGUAGACCCAUGGGGCGGCUGUGCCACCUCGUCCCCAGGCGGAGACCCCACUCCUCAGCCUGCAUGGACCCGUGCCCCCGCCGCCCCCCUCCGUCCCUGGAGGCGGUGGGUGAGCAGGCGCUGGGCCGGAGACCGCAAGUCUCAUUAAACGCCUGAUUGUGAGCCAUGUCCACCAGUAUUUGGGUGGGACGCAGGACCCUCAGGAUGACUCCGGCUCCGGCUCCCCUCCUGUGGCCCAAGGCCCAGCCCAGACUGCAGUGCCGGAGCAGGCGGGUGCCGGACCCUCGUGUCUGCCCGCUCGCUGGGGGCUGCAUGCUCUACCGGAAGCUCCUGUCCACCCUGCCGACACCGACAGACAGCUGCUUGAGCUGGGGACACCGUGGGGGCCGGCGUGUCCUGCCCAAGAACGUCUCCAAGUGAACUCGUCACCGCGGGACGGGGAGUGGCAUCCGCCACCUGUGUCUGCCCCAGCGCGUCCCCAUCCCCUCACCACGAGACCGUGUUCCCCACCGGGCGAGGGCUGCCGUUGGGCCGUGUGGGCAGCCGGUGACCUGUGGUGGCUCAUCAUCCCCCAGCUCCUGCCUGUCCCCACCCUCCACACUGCGCACUUCGGGAAGCCAGGAGGGACAGAGGGGGCAGCCUGAGCUCCCACCCUUGUCCUGGCCCUGUCCCCAGCAGCAGGAGGGCCGUGGCGGGGCUGACGGGAGCGGCGCCCCCGCUGACAGCCUCGGCCCGCGGCUGCCGUGCGUGCAUGUGUAUAUACGUAUCUGUGACUCUUCAGACCCGUGUAUUUUGUUGGCCUGUCCCAGAAAUGUCGAACCCCAGCCCCUGCCCCAGAGACAGUCAUGGGGGUGACGCACUGCCCCGGGGACAGUCGUCUCCAUGUCCCUGCUGCCCGCUGCUGCGUGGACAUUGAAGCGUGUUUCCACUGGUCA